AUGGACUUCUUCAGCCUCUUCGUCACUUUACUCUGGUGCCUCCCCUUUCUCUCCACAGCUUUCCCCGUCGCAGACCCUGUGGCAGAGCCUGAAAUGCAUCUAGAGAAACGCAAAUCGGCGCAAACCUGCAAGAUAGUCAAUCUCAACAAAGGCCAAUACGUUAACUGUCGAUACGGGGCGACCACGAAGGCGGGAAAUAUCUUUGCAUUCAGCAAGGGCGACAAACUUAUCUUCUCCUGCAAAAAGAAAGGGCAAUGUGUGAAGGGUAAUUGUACCUGGGAUCGAGUAACCCUGUACGGGACUACAUGUUAUGUCAAUGGAUAUUUCACGGAUAAUAACUGCUCCAGUAAAAAACUCCCAAAGUGUUAG